UCUGCUUCAGUCUCGGUUCAGACGCUCUGCCGCGACUAUACCUCCUCGUCCUUCUCUUGCGCAUCUUCUGGUUUACUGACAGACAUUCUAUAGCGAUAGCUAGAUCACUCUUUAUUCUUUGUUUCCAUCCCCUGAAGUUUUCAUGCUCAGUGGUUGCCGUCAUCUCUCCCUUGCUUCGCCGCCGACCGCCGACCUCCAAUCAUCGUCGUUUCAGCCCGCCAUUCAACUACGACCGAGAUCAUCACUCUAAUAUCGCCCAUAUUCUCGACGCUGUAGAAGACCGGAGAAUUUUCCCAUCCCGUCAUUCACGAUGGCGUCAUAUGAUGAAGGCUACGAGUAUGACGAGUAUGAGGAAGAGGAGAACUACAUCACGCCCGAGGAUUGCUGGAAUGUCAUCUCAUCCUACUUCGACACCAAGGGCCUUGUAUCCCAACAGAUCGACUCUUUCAAUGAUUUCCAAGCCGGCACCAUCCAGGAUCUUCUGGAUGAAUAUAGUCAUUUGAGUGUCGAUCAGAACAAUCCGCCAUCCGCCGACGGCCGCGAAAUCGUUUGUCGACGCUAUACCCUGGAUUUUGGGAAGGUCACCUUCUCCCGUCCUGUCGUCUCCGAAACCGAGGGUACAUCUAGCCCAUUGUUACCUUACGAAUGCCGAGACCGCAACAUGACAUACGCCAGUCCCGUAUACGCAAAAGUUGAUAGCAAAGUCGAAGUGUGCGUUGAAGAACCUGUUCCUUUACAUGAGAUGACCGAGGAGCAGCAGAAUGAAUAUGCCCAGACCGGAAUCCAUCCCACUCGGCUUAUCUGGGAAGAAGAGGAAAACACGUUAAAAUACAAAGCUAAUGGGGAUCCUGUGGAAGCUCCGGACAGCCUGUUCAUCGGCAAACUUCCCGUCAUGGUAAAAUCUAACGCUUGCCAUUUGAGUCGCGAGUCAGAAGAUGAUCUAUUCCUACUGAACGAGUGUCCUUACGACCAAGGUGGUUAUUUCGUUAUCAACGGAAGUGAGAAGGUCCUCAUUGCGCAGGAACGUUCCGCUGCCAAUAUUGUCCAAGUCUUCAAGAAAAGUCAACCCAGCCCGUACUCGUAUACCGCCGAAAUACGAAGCGCCCUUGAGAAAGGGUCACGCCUUAUCUCGUCGUUGAUGUUGAAACUAUACACCAAGGGAGACACCACCAAAGGAGGUUAUGGCCAAACCAUUCAUACGACGCUGCCCUACGUCAAAUCGGAUGUGCCUAUUGCCAUAGUCUUUCGAGCUCUUAGUAUUGUCAGUGACGAGGAAAUAUUCGACGCCAUUUGCUACGAUCGCAACGAUAGUCAAAUGCUAGAACUGCUGCGACCCUGUAUUGAAGAGGCCUUCUGCAUUCAGGAUCAAGAAGUUGCUCUGGAUUAUAUCGGCAAGCGUGGAAAUCAAAACCAAGCAAGCGCUAGGGACCGCCGUAUUCAAGCUGCUAGAGACAUCUUACAAAAGGAAAUGUUGCCACACAUUUCUCAGACAAAGGGCUGCGAGACUAGAAAGGCAUUCUUCCUCGGCUAUAUGGUUCACAAAUUACUUCAGUGUGCGUUGGGUCGCCGUGACACAGAUGAUCGCGACCAUUUUGGUAAGAAGCGAUUAGAUCUGGCAGGACCUCUUCUGGCCAAGCUUUUCCGCAAUAUUGUGCGUCGCAUGACUCAGGAGGUCCUGUCGAACUUGAAGCGAAGCAUCGAGCAAGGCAAGCAAUUUAAUAUUGCUCUAGCUGUUAAGUCUAACAUUAUCACGAGUGGACUGAAAUACUCCCUCGCUACUGGAAACUGGGGUGACCAGAAAAAGGCCAUGAGCUCCACAGCUGGUGUUUCGCAGGUGUUGAACCGAUACACAUUCGCGUCUACCCUUUCGCAUUUGCGAAGGACGAACACUCCAGUUGGUCGAGAUGGUAAGCUUGCCAAGCCGCGACAGCUUCACAAUACCCAUUGGGGACUCGUCUGUCCAGCCGAAACUCCGGAAGGACAGGCCUGUGGCUUGGUCAAAAACCUAUCGCUCAUGUGCUCCAUCAGCGUCGGUACUUCGACGGAACCUAUUAUAGAUUAUAUGAUUCUGCGAAAUAUGGAAGUGCUAGAAGAGUACGAUCACCAUAGGUAUCCCAAUGCCACUAAGGUAUUCCUCAAUGGCGCAUGGAUUGGCGUUCACCAGGAUCCUAAGGCUCUCGUGAAGGAUGUUCAAGAAUUACGCCGAACGAACCAGAUCCCGGCCGAAGUGUCACUAAUUCGGGACAUUCGCGACCGUGAAUUCAAGAUAUUUUCUGAUGCCGGUCGUGUCAUGCGCCCCUUGUUUGUCGUUGAGCAAGAGGAUGACUCUGACAAGGGCGUCGAGAAAGGCACAUUGGCUCUGACCAAAGACAUGGUCCGCCGACUGGAGAUUGACCAGACUCUCCCGCCUGGAAGUGACGAGUACUUUGGGUGGCAAGGCCUGGUUAAUGCCGGUGUUAUUGAAUAUAUGGAUGCUGAGGAAGAGGAGACUGCAAUGAUUUGCAUGACUCCUGAGGAUUUAGAAAGUUUCCGGUGCGCCAAACUAGGCUUACCAGAUCCUUUCAACAGGGAGGAUGUUUUUGCUCCUAAUAAGCGGCUGAAGACGAAGAUAAACCCGACAACCCACAUGUACACCCAUUGCGAGAUUCACCCGAGUAUGCUUCUUGGUAUUUGCGCCAGUAUCAUUCCCUUUCCGGACCACAAUCAAUCACCCCGUAACACGUACCAGUCUGCCAUGGGUAAACAGGCUAUGGGUUUUUUCCUCACUAACUACUCACGACGCAUGGAUACCAUGGCGAAUAUUCUUUACUACCCACAGAAGCCAUUAGGAACCACCAGAUCAAUGGAGUUCUUGAAAUUCCGAGAGUUGCCUGCUGGUCAGAAUGCCAUCGUGGCCAUUGCUUGCUACUCGGGUUACAAUCAGGAAGAUUCUGUCAUUAUGAACCAAAGUAGCAUUGACCGAGGCCUGUUUCGCAGUUUGUUCUUCCGGUCUUACUCUGACUCAGAGAAACGAGUUGGCAUUAACACUGUGGAGCAAUUUGAGAAACCUUUCCGUGCCGAUACACUUCGUCUCAAACAAGGAACAUACGAUAAAUUAGACGACGAUGGAAUAAUCGCACCCGGCAUUCGUGUCUCCGGAGAGGACAUCAUCAUUGGAAAGACGGCGCCCAUUAGUCCCGAUAAUGAAGAAAUGGGACAGCGUCAAAAGAUACACGUCAAGCGUGAUGCCUCUACGCCUCUUCGAAGCACCGAGAGUGGUAUCGUCGACUCAGUGGUGCUGACUACCAAUGCCGAUGGUUUACGGUUUGUCAAAGUCCGGGUUCGAACCACAAAGAUCCCACAAAUUGGUGACAAGUUCGCUUCUCGUCACGGGCAGAAGGGUACAAUCGGAGUAACGUUCCGUAAUGAAGACAUGCCCUUUACCCGCGAGGGCAUUGUCCCUGAUAUCAUCAUCAACCCACACGCCAUUCCCUCGCGUAUGACUAUUGCUCACUUAAUCGAGUGUUUGUUGAGUAAAGUAUCAACUCUCAAAGGCAUGGAGGGUGAUGCCACCCCAUUCACCGAUGUCACAGUAGACUCGGUCUCGAGUCUGCUCAGAGAGCACGGCUACCAGUCGCGUGGAUUCGAAGUUCUAUACCACGGCCACACGGGCCGUAAAUUACGAGCUCAGGUUUUCUUCGGGCCCACGUACUACCAGCGACUCCGUCACAUGGUGGAUGACAAGAUUCACGCCCGUGCCCGUGGCCCGGUACAGAUCAUGACUCGGCAACCUGUCGAAGGUCGUGCCCGUGAUGGUGGUCUUCGUUUCGGAGAAAUGGAACGUGACUGUAUGAUUGCUCACGGUGCUGCGGCUUUCCUCAAGGAACGUUUGUUUGAGGUUUCGGACGCUUUCAGAGUCCACAUUUGCGAGAUUUGCGGGCUCAUGACUCCAGUCGCUCAACUUGGACAACAAAACUUCGAGUGCCGCCCUUGCAAGAACAAGACAAAGAUUGCUCAAAUCCACAUUCCUUAUGCCGCGAAGCUCUUAUUCCAGGAACUCCAAGCUAUGAAUAUCGCGUCACGCAUGUUUACAGAUCGGUCAGGUGUUACUAUCCGGUAAUUCGAGUCAGCACCAUAUGGGGCUAGCUUUUUACGCUUUACGAUUGCAAAAUAGCAAGUAGGGCCGUCUUCUCUACACCAUUGCUCUUGUUUCUGCGGCUAUCCAUUUUUACUCACUGCAUUCGGGCGGCGUUUCUGCGUGUCUUGUGUCCAAGAUCUGAGAAGGACAGGGGCGGGUUAGCAGAGUACAUCUUUACGUGAAUUCAUAACUACAGCUUGAAUUUCAGAAACCACGAGCGGUAGAAAAAAUACUUAAUUAUAACCACCUGUUGUUACUCGGCCCAAAAGUCUAGAUAGGAUGCUAGGUAAAUUGUAUUACAUUGUAUAAUGAAUGAAGUACCCCUGCGAGAGCAUUAGUUUUUUGUAGGUCGUGAUUGAGAACUAUCUAUGUUACCUCAGGUAAAAUAAUAGAUUUGUCUUUUUGUAUCAUCGCAUACUAAUACCUAGGUCAAUCCUUUAGAAGUGGGAUGCUCUCAUCAAAGUCAGCUGUACGAGUUGUGAGCCGCCUCCCUAGACUACUUUCUAUCUAUGAAAGGGGUAUGAUUGGUUAGAUGCAAUUUAUGUUGUUAUGAUACCAAGCUU